AUGACAAGGGGGAGAUAGCCGACAGGUUCACCUGGGCCACAGGCAGCGUCCACCUGCCACCUGUUCCUCUCGGUGCGGCAACCUGCUUUUCUUCACAGAUCAAGGUACACUGGUCACCUGAGGCAAUCCCGCGCCGAAGGUCCCAAAGCAGCAGACAACCCACACCCCUCACAUCAUCUCCGCCAACCACCACACGCACCUUUCAUCGUUUCUUGACUCCCAAGAUCCUCUAAGCGCCAAGAGGCGACAGGUGUAGAUCAAGAGUGUCUUACUCCCGCACACCUGGAUCCACAAAUGCAUAUCAAAGAUUUAUGUGACCACUAAGUUUGACUUGAUGAAUUGAAAUACAAAUGUUGCGUUGGCUUUCAAAUGGAAUCAUAGGAAAAAAAGACAAUUUGAUUUUGUCUUACAAAAGUAAAUCACGUUCCUUUAAAAGAGAAUUCAAACAAAAUUACGUAAGUGAUGAAAUUUUCAUGUGAUUUGUGAUUCGACACACAUGUUUUAAUGCGUAAUUGUACUUAAUGGCCAAGUGAUUCCGACAUUGAGGGUAAUCAAAGUAUGGGAGUGAUGAAGGUCUAUACAGAGGUGGAAGUGACAUGGAGGUAAGGCAGGUGUGGCAGGACUGCGCCGAGAUCAAAUUCUUCAGUAGACAUCUUCAGCAUAGUGUCUAUAUGAAGAAAAUCAUAAUGUACACUCAUGACAUAUUAAAAGAAAACCGGAAAAUAUAAUAUAUGGACAUACAUAAUAAUUGUGCAAAUAAUGGCAAAAGGCAAUCUGAAAGAAAAGUGUUUCUUGAAAGUAAAAGUCAUCAUAGAAGCGCUGUAAUGGAACCAUUUUCUAGUGAACACCGAGAUGUAAACAAUCCUCACAAAUCAAGUAAAAUGGAGGUGUGAGGAACUACACAGAACAUCAAAGUAAGGCUGUGUUUGUGUUUCAAUAGAACUGCUUUGUUUGAAAAGUUUGCCUUUUGCUUUGCAUGAUUUAUCAGUUUCUGCUCUUUUUCUGUUUGUAGUUGAUUUAGUUAACUUCAGUCUUUCCAAAUGAAGACUUCAAUCAUGGAUAAAAUAAGAAUUUUGAGGUCAAGUCGCAGGAAAAUAGACCCCAAAAAAGGCAGAACCUCAGGUGGUGCUCCAGUAGCGGUUCCUGCUCAUCCCUCACAGCCAGCACCUGCAGAGGCAACACAGCAAUGGGUGCCUGUCCUGGUGCUGAAUAUUUCCAAGCCUAACACUCCCCUUGCUACCACUACCAUUCCUGUGACCUACAGUAAUAAUAACACUCAAAAUGUAACUGUAAAGAGCAGCAUUUUGGCUGAGAAUGAUGUUCCUGUAACUACAUGCUCCUCUCUAGUGGAUGUUCCAGUUACUAAUAGCAAUGUUAUUAUUCAGUGCAAUAAUUCAGAUUCUAAACAAUGUGUAAUCAAUCCAGUGGAACCAGCUCCUGGUGAUGUCCAAACUGCAAGCACUGAUACUUCCGAGGAGCUUCAGAGGACAGACCAGGAUGCCUCUGACAACCAUGUCAAGUGUGUGCUGUGUGACAAAAUCUUUCCUUCCCUGAAAGAUAUGCAGACUCACUAUCUUAGCACUCAUAAAUCUCGCCGUGGGAAGGACAGCCGUAAAACCAAAGUCAACAGUGACAGUUUUGCAACACAAAUAAGUAUUGAUAGUGAACAGUGUUAUCUAGAUCAGAAGAGUGAACUGUCUCUACCAAUGAGUGAGAAAGGAGAGAUAGAUCCCAAGUGCCCUGUUUGUUCUAUUGACUUCUCAUCUGCAGAUGAGGUGAAUAAACAUAUGAGGGAAGUUCACUCUUAUGUAUGCUCUGAAUGCAGUAGCACUUUCUAUACUCUUUUCCAAUUUACCAACCACAAGUGCACAAAAAUUGUAAAGAAAGUGAAACGUACAAAAAGAAAAAUAACUGCUAGUUUGGCUUCAAAACUAACUUUGAAUCCUGAGGCAGCUAAGAUUAUGAACAGUUUUGUGCAAAUUCAGCCUAAGACCAAGAACAUUAGUAAGUCAUCCUCCAGAAAGUCCCAGAGAAGUCCCACACCUCCUUCACAGGAAAUGGUCCAGCAGCCAGUUUCUAUGAUUACUUUAGUAGGUGAGGCUAAGCAGACCCAAACAUUAGAAACUCCAACCAAUGAAAACAUGUCUGUAUGUAGUGUAACAACCUCCAUUGCGUCAGAAGUUGCUGAAGAAACCUCUCUUUCAGAACCAAUCAUAGUUUCUAAGCAAGAUAACCAUGAAGAAGAGGAAUCCGUUUUCUUCCUUCCAUUGAAACAGCAUAUUCAUUAAAAAGUCCAUGUGACUGCAGAAAUGAAGAACAGAGUCACUCUUCUAAAAUCCCUGUCUUGGAAACAAGGAACAUGGAACAAGCUAAGCAAUACAUACAAAAGACAAAAUUUUCUGAGCACAAGGUUUCCCAGAGUGAACUGAUCAUGGAAAAAAUUGCACAAUUAAAAAGAAAUCCCCAUGUUAGCCUUUCUUGGCGUCCUACUCUGCAGGCAAGAGGUUGUAUGGAAGAAGAUGGGGAAUAUGUGUGUGGACGGUGUAAUGUACUGUGUGAUGAUAUGGAGGACUACAUGGACCACCUGCAGGAUUGUCUCACCAUGACCAGUGUAACCCUAGAGCCAGCUCCAACUCCACCACGUAGGCUUCUUAAACUUCCCUGUCAAACAGUUGCAUUUGGUUCUCGUGAGAGUGGCCACAGUAGGUACCUGAUAAAUCAAAAUCUCAUUGCUAAGCUACAAGCAUAUCUCCCAAACUCCUUAGUUAAGACCUCUCAACCACUUCCACAUCAAUUCAAACCACCCAAUGCUGCACCACCAGGUUCUACUGGACAGACUUUCAGGGAUCUUCUAGAUGAUGACUUUGGUUAUGAGUCCCAUGAAUCAGUUGACAUUCAAACAGCUGGUUCAUCAUCACCUGUCAGUCCAGCCACAUGGCACAGUGAGGCACCCCACUCCUCCAGAGAACUAUCAGCUAUCCAAGGAAAAGUAUCUAUGAGUAAUACUACCAAGGGGACUACUCAGCCCAUGGUGAUGAUUCCCAUGGACUCCAAGAUCAACUUGAGUGUGUCACCUGACCACCAGCUACUCAAGAAAUUAUCAGAUCAUUCCCAGUGUGGGGAGGAGACAACGAAGACCAACAGCAGCUUAAUAUUGGCUGCUUCUCCUUUGGGCCUGCUGUUGGACCAAGAUGACAUCAAAAUGGAGGUGGAGGAGGAGGUAGUAGAAGACCACUUUGAGUUUUGUAUUGCAGGACUCAUGACAGCAUGGCAAGCAGAUGGAUGCCACUGAUACAAAGUGUGUUGCAUUGGUGGCUGUGGCUGUGUACUGGUGGUGUUCAUAGUGCCAGACAGGGCAAGGAG